CAUUCAUAAAUUCUUUAUUCCGGAAGAUGUUAUGAGAACUUUUAUAAUUAUAACAGCCAGUUUACGUGACCAACACCUUUUCAGUGUGUGGGACAAGCCCUUGCACACGAAAAAUACCAUGCAGGGUGACACAUGACUCACGUAACACAGAUGUAGAACCAAUCCGUCAUCAGUAUCGUUACGCCAGUUAGAGGACUUCCCUUAUUUUAAGGAAUUCACUGACGCAUUAAAGAUAUACCCACCUGCCGACUUAUAUUGAAAGAUACACCCGAGAAGUGGCCAUUUAUCAUCAAGGACAUCAGUAGUAGACACGAAAUAUUAAGGAACUUGUUUGGACUAUACAUUGUGACACGAAAUAGUGGAUAUUAAUUCUUACUGAAAACUAAUUACACAAGAUGAAUGCUCUAGCCGUUACUGUAAUAUUUGCUAUUUGCAACGUGAAUACUAUAUUCGGACAAUUUCUUCCUGCAGGACAAGGAGGAUUUCCAGUUGGUUUUCCUCCAAAUGCAGGUCCCAACCAAGGGUUUCCGCCAAAUAAUCAAGGAUUUCCCCCAAACGGACCAAAUGUUUUACCAAAUGCUGGAGGUUUUCCUUCAAAUAAUGGCCCGGGAUUUUUCCCCAAUGGACCAAACAACCCAGUAAGGCCAGGAGGAUUUCCCUUUGGACCUGGGAGAAGGCCUGGAACCGGAACAGUGGUGUCGGGAAAUAAUUUUAUCUAUGGAACCUGCUAUUUUAAUGAGACUGGUUCGAAUGUCAGAGGCCGUGUGGAUAUUAGACAACUGAUAACAGGUGGUCCCUGUCAGGUACGUGUUCAGGUGGUGGGUCUUCCUCCAAGUCUUAUGAGCGACACAGAACAUGGAAUUCACGUGCAUGAAUAUGGCGAUCUCGGUAGAGGAUGUUACGCUGCUGGACCUCACUAUGAUUCAGACUCAUUUUCAUUCCAUGGAUCUCCCAAUAAUCUUGGAACUGGAAAUAGCCAUGAAGGUGAUAUGGGAAAUCUGCGGCAAUCAAACGCGGGAGUCAUUGAUGCUCAGCUGACGUUACCACUGAUGACUCUAGCCGGAGACUUAGGGAUCGUUGGACGGGCCAUCGUGUUACACGAAGGUCGGGAUGAUUUAGGAAGAGGUGGAAAUCCCAUGAGUCUACAGACCGGAAACGCUGGAGCCCCCAUCGCCUGUUGCACAAUAGGAUUAUCCGAUGCAUCAAACUGGAACAACCCCUUUAUCCCAAGAUCUAACAUUCAGAACACAGCUGGGGCAAAUCAGUUCUCAACGUCAAACACACAGAACAUGCAGUUUAAUCCAAGUCCCAGAGGCCAACAGGGAACGAUCCAAGGAAACACGCAAAACCAAGGAUUUCCGGGUAAUUUCCAAGGAAAGUAAACUGAAAGUUUUGGCUGACGGAAAAUCAUUAAUAAUUGUUGCCAGAACAAGACACUGUGAUUUGUGGAAAAUCAAAUCAACAUUUAAUGUGAUAUGUGCAAUUUAAUGAAUUUCAUGGUGCAUGUAAUAGUACAUAGUGAUUUUGUGUGGUGAAAUAUUUACAUUGUGUGUGAGAGAGAGAGAGACAGACAGAGGACUAUUUUGCU